UCAUCCUGCGACAGAGUCGGUUUACUAUCGCGACGGAAAAUCCCAUUAUAAACACAGAAAUGUAAGGGUUUGAAUAUUACAGGCGCGAGACUUCAGUGUUUUAUUUAGACACGGUUGUUUAGGGACUAAAGCAUAAAUGUAAAGAUUUCGGUUAAAACGUGUAUAUUCAUGCUGCAGUUAGACUUGAAUCCUCGGUAACGUUAGCCCCGUAUCCUCCAUUGAGACUCUUGAGCAGCUAGGCUAACUCGCAGACCAGUUCAGUUCCAUCUCAAAAUCCACGUUGCAGAAGCCCGAUGGUCAACAGCUGCUAAAGCAGGCAGGCAGAGGCCAGCUGGGCGGGCCUGGAGGAAUGGGCAAGGCUCGACAUGAGAGUCCAAGUUCAUAACUGCUCCGACCAGGCAAAGCCGGCACCAGCUGAGAUGUCGGAGAAUGGCCGCGCACGGAGAAAACGCGUGCCCAAGUUAUGCGACUGCUGUGGGCCGAACACCAAACCUCACGCACUGGGACACGGGCCGGUCACGAAGAAACGUGGCCGCAGGAAGAAAGACGUGGCCAAUGAAGUGGAGGUGACGACCGACAACCAUUUAAGCUCUGCGUUCGUAGACCUAUCAAUGCCGGACGCUACGGAUGCCAUGACCGUGUGCGAAAUGCAACAAAUAACACUUCCUGAAGCCGGCCUGAUGCUGAGCGGGGAACAGAUUAUUCCUCUGGUUCUGCACAAUGGCACUGUGGCCGGUCCGGGGAACGGUCCGAAAACUAACAGUGAAAGCACUGAUGCAGAUUGCACUCCACUCAAUGACUCAAUAGAGCCCGGUUCUGUCACGCACAGUACAACUCGAGCCAGUUUGGAUGCGCACUGUGAUCCUACAGCACCUCUGGACCAUAUACACAGCAGUCCGAACUUGCAUGGUGACCCUACGGAAAGAUUUGAAGGUCCUUCUGCGGAGAGCGGCGUCACUACAUCAGAUCAGCUCACAGACACAGAUGCCAUGGAAAUCGAACACGCCGUGUAUGCGGUUUAUCUAAACACCAAGGCUUUAAGGGACCACCGUUACUGCAAACGACCUCACUUCGACGCAGAAGAAGAGCAGACUAAUAUCUCACAGCUGCCUUUGGCUGACCUGCAGCAGGAAGAUGUUGUAGAACUCCUUCAUGAAUACCUCGAGCUUUUCUAUGGGAAGUAUGGGAGCUUCAUUCCACUGAGCGAGGACGACAUUCUUGAGUACCUGAACAAACACUUGAACGCUGACUUCAAUGACCGAAAGAAAAUGAUAAAUAAAGAAGUGCUGAAGUACAAGGCCGGCUUGGCCUGCGCAUCGAUGCAUUUCUUUAAAGUGACCUACAACAAGCACACUCUAGCGCUUGAAGACCUUUCAACACUUGAAGACCAAAACUGGGUCAAUGACCAGAUCAUAAACAUGUAUGGUGAAUUGAUCAUGGAUGCUACAAACCACAAGGUCCAUUUCUUCAAUAGUUUCUUUUAUAAACAGCUUGUAGCAAAAGGAUAUGAAGGAGUAAAAAGGUGGACAAAAAAGGUGGACGUGUUUUCUAAAAGACUGCUGCUGAUUCCCCUCCACUUGGAGAUCCACUGGUCACUGAUCACUGUGGACGUCUCCAAGCAAAACAUAAACUUCUAUGAUUCCCAAGGAAUAUUGUUCAAGUUUGCUGUUGAAAACAUUUUGAAAUACAUCAUAGCAGAGGCUAAAGAAAAGAAGCAUGCUGCUCUACAGAAAGGCUGGAAGAUGAUGGUCAACAAGGGUAUUCCACAACAGAAGAAUGAUAAUGACUGUGGUGUUUUUGUUCUGGAGUACUGCAAGUGCCUGGCAUUUAAAGAACCAUUGCAGUUCACACAAGAGGACAUGCCUAAAGUUCGCAAAAGAAUAUACAAGGAACUCUGUGACUGCAAGCUCACUGACCUGAAGAAACAGCUCGAGGUUUAACGUUGUUCACUCAUGUGCUGGUCAGUGGAUUUUAUUUUUUAUUUUAUUUUCUGUUGUUGUCAGUUACAAUGGAAGAGGACCCGUAUCUCACGGUCAUACAGCUGGAGAGAAUUCAUCGUGCGUCAUCCUGGUCGACUCGAGAUGCCAAAACGUCAGCGGUCAGUUUUCCGAUCGUCCGUGGGUGACGUGAACCGGCUAUCGCGAGCCUAUUUAAGCAUCAUGCAUGGCAACCUCAGAAAGAAAAGGAAGAGUCUCCUUUUUGUGUACAUUUCUUUGUGGCGAAGCCUCUACAGCUUCUUUAAAUCUUUGUGGUUCUAUCAGGUUCCUUUUUCACAGAUUUGCGGUGUGUGAGAUACACAGCAUGUAACGUGAAGGAUUUUCUAUUCCUGACUGCAUUCUGUAUGCAGCGCAAGCAGAAUUUCAACAAAAGGCAAGCUUUUAAAUGAAUGUACUGUUAAAAUGAAGAAACUGUUUGUUUUUUAUUUCCCCCACCAUGUAAACAGUACUUCCUUUAAAAGUCUCAGACUGACCAUGCUUUCCUGAUGGGCCAUAUUUUCUUUUUAUCUUUCAUACUCUGUUAGAAGCACUCUAGACACUUUCUUUAACGCUUUAAUGUUUUUUAAACGCGAUGUCAUCUGACCGUUCCCGUAGCACGUAGCCGCAAGUUCCGUUCGCGAUUUCCAUAAAGUCUUUUACGUAUGUUCACUGUAUAAACACGGUUCUAUAAGAAUGAUGUACCUGAGUGGGUCAGGUAAACUUGUGGUUUGACCGAUUAGCAGGUUAAAACCAUGUAUUAUACUUCGACCUGACAGGACUGCUCGCAUCUCAUGAAGGCCAGUGUACGCUCACAGAACAGUGACCCGAACUAGAUUAAUGAUAGUCUUAUGAUUUAAAAACAAAACACAAAGCUUUACUGUGUAUGGAGCCGGGACAGUACGGUACAGAUGUAUUUCCAGCACAAUUCUUGUCCGUUUAAGACGGCCAGGAUGACCAACCGUUACAAGUAAAUAUGGUUAGACGUUUGUGGGAUACUGUAUUUUUAGUUACUUGAAGUGUAACUACAAAAUUUGACCUCAGUGAAAUGCCUCUGUUUCCUUCUGUUGGACUACUAUUUGUCAUUAUUUAAGCGACCAUAUAAAACCAUUAUUGUUAACGUUCUCCUAGUCUCAGCUCUUAUUUCGGUUAAGUGCAGGAUGUGGAUUCAAGUCAACUACAGUCUUUAAGUUUCAUCAACCCUCAGUAAGGACUGUACCCUGGUCAGGAUCUGAGAUGACCUGCAGCUUUUAUCCUGGGCUGAUUUGCUUUUCAGGAAAUGUGCCAUAAGUUAAUAAUCAGAAGGUUUAACACGACGAAAAGACUCUGCAACAACGCAUCACUUCCUCUGAUUACAGAAUCAUCCAGAGACAAGAAGGUAAGGUAAAAGACCUUAAUGUUUAUUAGAAAAAUGAGAGACAAUCCCAACAUGCCAUAUCAGUUGUUUCACCAAAUUGUGGAGAUCAUUUCCUCUGUGCAAACCACUGAGUAGGUUGUAAUCUAUAUACAUCAACAUUAUAAAACAAAUCCUCUGCUUGGUUUUCAAAAAGUCCCUGUUCAUUCAGAAUGACUAAAAUUUGUGCUGUCCAUCCGAACCCCUCUGUAGCUGAACUAAUUUGCCGUAACCACCUCGUGCAGGGUCGUAGUCCUGUCUGUAUUCAUCUCGCACCUGAGGGGAGACGGACACACACACACACACACACCACUGAGGAAAACUAUAAUACAUUACAAACUAGUAAUAGCAGCCUACAAGUAAAAAAAAAAUUUCACUCAUUGUCCACUUUAUUAGGAACACUGCUCAUUUAUGCAGUUAUCUAAUCAACCAAUCAUGUUACAGCAGCACAAAAAUCCCACGGAUCCAGAGCUUCGGAUUUGAACCAUAGUAUGGUUGUUGGUUCCAGACGAGCUGCUCUGGGUAUUUCACACACUGCUGAUCUCCUGAGAGUUUCACACACAACAGUUUGUAGAGUUCACAGAAAUGUGUGAAAAACAAGCAUUGAGUGAGCAGCAGGUCUGUAGGCAGUACCCUGGAUAGAAUAGCCUUAGAAAGGUUUGAGGACAGGAAUGCUACAGUAAUUCAAACACUGUUUACAGAUGUGGCGGUCAGAAAAGCAUCUCAGAACAGGACGAGGGUUCAGUGGGAUUGGCUACAACAGCAGAAAACUACAUCGGGCUCUACUCCUGUCCUCCGAGAACAGGAAUCUGAAGCUACAAUCGGCACAAACUCGCAGGACAGAUGUCUGGUCUUCUUUUUCGAGCUGUCCAGUUUUGGUGAGCCUGUGCCCACUGAAGCUCUUAACCUGCAUCUUCAUUUCAUUAUACAUCAUGUUUCUGCCUCAAUGUGCAGGUUUACAAGUGUUCCUAAUAAAGUGGUUAGUGAUCGUGCGUUCAUCAUAUUCUUACCUGACCACCCGAUUUGCCCCGACCGUACUGCCGCCCCUCUUUAAAACCGGCAUCCCAGUCUGUUCUAAUGAUUCUGUCAUCCAGUCUGGUUCCAUUAAUAAACCUCAUGGCGUGCUCAGCGUCGGCUCGCGUGUAAUACCUUACAGGUGUGUUGAGGAUUUUAAUGCAGUUCAGCUUCAUCAUCAUGUUCUAACCAGACAGAAGUUAACAAAAGACCAUGCAGGAGAGAGUAUACAGUGGGAAGUAGCUGUAUAGCCAGAACAGCUGUAUUUAGACCAUGAUGAAAGUCUGCCUUAUGUUUAAUAAUGAUCUAAACACAACCCAUAACUCACAAGAGUUCCUGUAGUCACAAUUAAAUACAAGUAAGAGUGGCAGGUACAUUUAUAACUACGUGAUGUGACUUGCUUUCAUGACACGCCCCUCUCCCCUUGCCUUAUUUGGCCACUUCUAUUCCAUUAACUUGGACUGAAUCAAACUCUUCCCCUUAAUGUAGCCCUAGCUUGGUUGUGUUAUUGGAUAGAACUGAUGAAAUCUAAAGCCUAGAACUGGCUUGACGAUAAAAACAGAAGAGCUGAGCGAUGCAUUAGAUUACACCAUGUCAGAGAUGAUAAAAUAGUUCUGCUCCAGUUUAUACCAAGACUAAAAGCUGAUCUUUUUCUCGAACCAGUUUACACAGUGGUGUCUGAUGCAGAAAGGAUACUCCACGAAACAGAACCCACAUGCCGUCUUCUUCACCUUGUCCAGGCCAAUGAUGAUUCUUUUCACAUCGCCGCUUUUGGAGAAAAGUUCAUACACCUGUUCCUCUGUCGUGUAGAAGGAAAGGUUCCCAACAUAAAGAGUACUGCUCUGCUUCAGCAGCUUUUCCUGCUCGUGUCGAUUCCCCUGGAAGAAACAGAUACCAAAAAAUCAAAUGUCUAUAAGAAGUAAAUAUUUAAAGUUUAUAUGCAUAAAUGUAAUGAAAGCAGGAGUUUUAUGGGUUCAAAUCACAAGAGCAAUAUCUAAGGGUCAUAAGAAAUGCUGAAGCACAGAAACCUAAAACUACAGAGCAUUAAUGUGCUGAAAACACAUCCAGGUGUGAAAUACUGAGCGAGUGUAGGAGUAAAGAUUCACAAUCAUCACAAAAUCCAUCAUUUACUUAAGGCCAACUAUUUCCUUCAGAUUUAGCCACUUCAUUUCAAAGAGCUCCAGACUUUUCCAGUAGAUGUUCCCAGUUUGUUUCCAGCAGGACAUUCUCUUUCUAUACGAAAUCUCUAACACUUUACUUCCUAAUGUUCCUUUUUUAUUCAAAACAAUUUCCAUAUGUAAAUGAUCCACAUUUAAACUAAUUAGUAUACGACAGUUAGUCGACUUCGGACAUGUUUUAAUGAUUUAUUUUAUCUGAAUUAUUUAUUAAUUAUUUGAGAGAUUCUUUCCUGGAACAAGGGGAGGGGGCUUUAAAAGCCCAGGACUGAAAUAUCGCGAUAAUACGCGGUAUCCUUCGGAACUUCUUGUUCAAAUGGAAGAUUGUUGCAUUGUUAAAUUAAACGUCAAUUAGCAUAAAUGUAUAAAGCAAACCACUGAAGAAUUAUAUAACAAUUUGAGACCAAACCCCUUUGAAAACAAGCAAAUGGUUUAUAAACACGUUUAACCUGAACCUCUGGAAGUUAUUUGAGUUUUUCAGCGGGAGUUUUUAUAAUGUCCACUGUAGAGAAACACGAUGAGGUGAUCUGAUCUACAUAUCAUCACCCAGCUUUAUCUACAACACACACUGCAUAUAAACGUUAGCUACAACGCACAAGCGAGUGUCCACUAACGGUGUUUCAUGUGGAAACAAAAAAAAACACUUCUCUGAUUCUUACCUUGAAAUGCUGGUCUCUAUACUGACUUAUAUCAACGUACGAGUCGCUAUAAAGGGCGUUUAGUUUAUAAGACAUGACGCACCAGAGGAAUCACACCGACCUCACAACAACAGCUAGCUAACACAGAUCAUGGAGCCGACGGAAA